AUGGGACGUCAUAAAAAGGGGCGUUGCGUCAAGAGGAAUAAACAAAUUAAUACAGAAGAAAAUCCAGAUGUUGUGAAAGCACCACAUUCAUUUGUCAUUCAUCGUGGAUUACCUGGUGAACAUAUCGUUGAGCUUACUAAAGAUUUUCGCAAAAUAAUGGAACCUUAUACAGCAAUGUCGUUGAAAGAGAGGAAAAGAAACACAAUCAAAGAUUUUGUAUCUAUAGCUAGCGUACUUCAUGUUUCGCAUAUGUGUAUAUUUACAAGGACGGAACAAGGAAUGUACUUCAAACUCUGCAGAUUGCCAAGGGGGCCAACGCUUACCUUUAAAGUGCACAGUUUUUCCUUGGUACGCGAUGUAAUAUCUUUAUUAAAGAAGCAAUUAGUAUACGAUGAAUUAUUUAAGAGUUCUCCAUUAGUGGUGCUAAAUAAUUUUAGUGGCGAGGGCAUGCAACUGAAACUGAUUGCUUCUAUGUUUCAAAACAUGUUCCCAACUAUAAAUUUAACUUCUGUAAACUUAAGUACAAUUCGUAGAUGUUUGUGUUUAAAUUAUAAUCCAACGUCGAAGACCAUUGACCUCAGGCAUUACGCUAUUAAAGUAGUACCAGUUGGUUUAUCAAAGGGUGUUAAGAAAUUGGUACAAGCUAGGAUACCAAAUUUAUCUAAGUGCGAGGACUUUUCUGAUUUCUUGACGAAAGGAACAGUCUCUGAAAGUGAAGGUGAAGAUGAUCCUGCGAAUCAUGUCACCUUGCCACAAAAAUUAUCAUCGCGUGGUAAUCAUGCUAAUAGCUCGAGUGCAGUUAGGUUGUCUGAACUGGGUCCUAGAUUAACACUAGAGUUGAUAAAAGUUGAAGAUGGACUUUUGGAUGGUGAAGUGCUUUAUCACGAGUACGUUCACAAGUCGGAGGAAGAGAUAUUGUUGAUAAAAAAGAAACGCGAAGAAAGGAAGAAAUUGAAGGAGAAGAGAAAGAAAAUACAGGAAGAUAAUAAGAAGAAGAAGGAGUUACAAAAACAGGAACAUAAAGAGAAAUCUUUGAAGGGAAUGCAUAAAAAGAAAGAGAGCGAAACGUUGCUGAAAAAAAUUGCGCAGGAAUCAGUUGAACAAACUAAUAUAGAAGAGGACGACGAUGCGGAGUAUUAUCGUGAGGAAGUAGGCGAAGAACCCGAUAAAGAUUUAUUUGAAAGAAGAAUAGGUGAAAAGAGGCCGAAAAAGUAUCUACCUAAGUAUAAAGUGAAAAAACAGAAACUGAACGAGACAUAAAAUACUAUUUUACAGGCUCUUAUUCAAUAUCAUAUUACGUGAUUGACCUGAAACUUUUUGGCAAGGAGCUUUACAAAUCGUUGGGAAUCACGAGCAUUUUAAUUGUCCGGACGAAUCGAAGCGAGCCCCGGCACCCGGUUGUGAUUUUCCUUUUUUGCGAAAGCUUUGUCGUAUCCGGUAUCUGGCAAAUGGAAGAAGAAGCUCGACCCUCUGCCAGGCACCGAAUGGCACCAAUCGAUAUGUAUAUGGCUAAACUGGCCCCUCGGGAGGAUAUCACCCCUCGAAUACGCUAUUUUAACUUUUCUACGACUUCGUACACACGACUUUUGGUUGCCGGAGGGUUCUAUGCUUCUGGAUUCAGUGAAAUUCCCAGAUGAAAGCGUCAGAAUACACAUUUAGUCAAUGAUUCAAAAGGUAUAUAUGUAUAACAUGUAUUGUAAAAUAUGUAAAAAGUUCUAACAUAAGAGUGUGAAUGA